CGACGAGCACCGCUCAGUCGCGCGUCAACCGCGGCACCCAGCGCACGUACCUACGUACCCACGCUCCUCGCUCCAACGAUGCUGUGAUUGCACUUACGUACGACGGACUUGAAUUUGGAUGUUUUUUUAAGUGAAGUGUUAAGUAGUAACUAUGGUGACGGGUAUUGCCGGCAACCCCCAACAGGCUUCUAACCCUGUGGUGGUGAAUAUGAGCCCUUCAGCGACGCAGGUUGAACAGAAAAAGAGUGGUGAUAAUAGAAGGAGCAACAAGCCGAUUAUGGAGAAGAGGCGACGGGCGCGCAUCAAUAACUGCCUAAACGAACUCAAGGCGCUAAUUUUAGAUGCUAUGAAAAAAGACCCGGCGCGACACUCCAAACUAGAAAAGGCUGACAUCUUAGAAAUGACUGUGAAGCAUUUAGAAGGGCUUCGGUCAGAAGGUGCGGGUUCCCCGGACCGGUUCCGUGCCGGGUACCGGCACUGCGUCACCGAAGUGUCCAAGUUUCAGGGCAUAGAGCCUGCGUUAAGGAGGAGGCUUGUCAGGCAUUUGGAAGGGUGCGUCAAUGCGCCGGGAGCGAGGCCUGCCGGGGCACCCACGCCGCCUUCCGACGUUGAAGACGCGCCACCAACUCAACACUCAACUAUUUUUAUAUCUGCCGGUCCUGGUUCGGGCGUGAGACUGGUACCGACGAGGUUAUCGAAUGGCGACAUCGCGCUGGUUCUACCAGCGGGGGUGAAUGCCAGCACUUUGGGUGCCCUCCCUACGCUGGUACCUCUAUCCCCGCGUGAUGCUGCGUCCUCCACGUCUUCGGAAACCCGCUGCUAUUCCCCCGCGAGCUCAGGUUGGGGGACUCCUCCACCAAACGAAGACUCAGCCCCUCUUGCCCUCGUCACAAGGAAACAACCCCCAGAAGAAAAGCCUUGGAGACCAUGGUGACGCUCCCUCCAUUCCUUGCAUAACUCUGUGAUAUAUUUUAGCUGUAUAUAUUAGUAUGUCAAAUACGACAGAAUAUAGUUCCUAGUGAUAGAUAGUACAGAUUAAAUGCUUUCGGCAAAGAGAACGACUUUUACUUGAGUUACUUGAUCGGACAGUUUAGAAUGUGUGAUAGAAUUUAUAGAUAUAAUUUUGAUGAGAGUGUAUAAUUCCUUUCUGUUUAACGAGAGGUUUAUUUUAGUUGUAACUUAUAGAAUAUUAUCGUGUAUAUUCGCAGAUGACAUCUGAGGCAGUAUUUCAUGUAUCAUUUAUGUAGCGUCAUGUAGCAUUACUACGUUGUAUUCAUUAAAAUAGAUUUAGGUCAUAACUAGUGCCAUUAAUUAUUUUUCUUCAUUGUACAAUUAGUUUGCUUAAAGCUUUUGUAAAUACGAGUUUAUGCAAAUGUUGAGCGCUUGACGGUCAAUGUUUGAAUGUAAUUGAUAUGAUAGAAUUCCGUGUGCCUUAUACAGCAAAAUCGUAUAGUCUUCCAUUACAUAGGCGUAUGUUAAUGUUUAACAUGUAAUAUAUACUUGAUCGCAAUGAUAAAUAAUUGUUGAUUGAUUUACGCUCAAUAUUCAUUUAGUUACGUUACCGGAAUAAACCAGUAGUCAUUAUGGUCUUCCUUUACCAGUUACCGAUCGAGGACAGUUUAUUUUUAACAUACAUUUAGUUUAUAGUUAAUUUAAUUGUAAGAGUGAAGAAAUAUUAAGCCUUUCAUAGUACUACAUACUUAAGUAAUGUCAAAUGAUGUGUAUUUAUGUUUGCAUCUUAUUAUUAUAACUAAUUGAAUGUUGUAUGAACAAUUUUGUAGUUUAUUUUAGUUGUAAACAAUUAUAACAAUUUGCCGUCUCAAUGUAAAUUAUUAAGAGAAUAACGUGAUAUUAUUUAAGAAUAUGAGUAAUAAAUGUACCUAAAAGAAAUAUGCCAUUAAUGUAGAAAUAAAAGUAUGAAUAUAA